GUGAUAGAUUUCUCUCUGACGGAUUCCUUAUGUUGUCACGCGAAGCAUUACCUAAUAUGGCAUUGUGAAUCUAUUUCCGUUCAGAAACCCUCUACUGCACCUCGGGUGGUUUAGCCGCCUAACCCUGAUUUCUCAAUAUUUAUCGACACAGUUCUGCUUCUCACUGUUUUAAAGGAUAGAUGAGUAGGGCGGCCGCUCUUUAGCUUACAUACUGCCCCGAGAUGUCUUUUCGUGUAGUACGAAGCAGUAAAUUUCGUCAUGUGUAUGGAACAGCUCUCAAAAGAGAGCACUGCUAUGAUAACAUCAGAGUAUCGAAGUCAUCAUGGGAUUCAACCUUCUGUGCGGUGAAUCCCAAAUUUCUGGCCAUUAUCGUUGAGUCUGCUGGAGGAGGCGCAUUUAUUGUCCUACCUCACAACAAGGUUGGAAGGAUACCAGCUGACUAUCCUUUAGUUGGAGGACACAAGGGUCCCGUACUGGACAUUGCUUGGUGUCCACACAAUGACAAUGUUAUAGCCAGUGGAUCUGAGGAUUGUGUUGUAAAAGUGUGGCAGAUUCCUGAUGGUGGAAUUUCCAGGACAUUGACAGAGCCAGUUGUUGAUCUUCUCUACCAUCAAAGAAGAGUUGGUUUAGUUUUGUGGCACCCCACAGCACAGAAUGUCUUACUAACUGCUGGCUCUGACAAUCAAGUUGUUAUUUGGAAUGUCGGAACUGGAGAAAUGUUGGUACACAUUGAUUGUCAUCCAGAUAUUGUAUAUAGCGCAUGCUGGAAUUGGGAUGGAUCACAACUUCUUACCACCUGCAAAGAUAAGAAAAUGCGUAUUAUUGACCCUAAAAGUGGGGAAGUUGAUGAGGAAGCUGUAUGCCAUGAAGGAACUAAAGCCUCCAGAGCCCUUUACUUGAAAAGUGGCCUGAUAUUUACAACAGGAUUUAGCAAAGCCAGUGAGAGACAGUACUCGCUGCGAGCACCCGGCCAUUUGGAGGAGCCAAUUAUCAUGGUGGAGCUCGACACCAGUAAUGGCGUCAUGUUCCCUCUGUAUGAUCCUGACACCAAUCUGGUGUACUUGUGUGGCAAGGGAGACAGUGUCAUCCGCUAUUUUGAAAUAACAUCCGAGCCUCCAUUCGUGCAUUACAUCAACACUUUCCCAACACCUGAUGCCCAGAGAGGCAUCGGUAUUAUGCCAAAGAGGGGUUGUGAUGUAACCUCAUGUGAAAUUGCUCGCUUUUACCGCAUCAACAAUUCUGGUUUCUGUCAAGUUAUCAGCUUUACAGUUCCCAGAAAGUCUGAGCUGUUUCAAGAGGACUUGUACCCGGAUACAGCGGGUGAUACAUCUGCUCUUAGUGCUGAGGAAUGGAUGGAUGGCAAGAAUGCAGAGCCAGUGCUCAUAUCACUCAGAGAUGGAUACACAAGCACCAAGAAGAGUGAUCUGAAAGUAGCGGCUCCUGGUGGCAAGCGAAAUGUUCUUGAUAAGUUGGGAAAGAAUAGUUCAAGCACUGCUCCUGCCAUCAACCACAGAUCAGUUGAUGAAUCAGAUACCCCAUCAGCGCCAGCCCCACCCCCUCCUGCUGCAUUAUCGGAUGACAUUAUUAAAGAAUUCCGGGAAGAGAUUCGUAAAUUAAAAGCCAUGAUUGUGAAACAUGAAAAUCGUAUUCGAGCUUUGGAAGCUAAGCAAGUUACUGAUGGUACUGCGGACGCAUUGCCAUCCGCACCUGCACCAGUCCCAGCUACUGCUCCAUCAAAUAAUUCAGGCCCAGACGAUUUGGCUCCUGAUGAAGUUUGAGUUUAUUGAAUUUCAUCUUGAAUGUAAGUUAUGUUCAUGAUAUCCACACAGCCAUUCAAAGUGUAGCUUCUUUUAAGUUACUUUCAAGACAGAUGUUUAUUUCUCCCAAUGCUUUUGGGAAUAUUGCUUCAGGAGGUGGCCUGGUAAUUUUUAUCUUAAAUGAACUUGUAUGUGCUACACAUUUAUCAUUGUGUAGUCUAAUCUGCUCAGCAUUGCAUGAUUUCCUCUGGCAAAAUAUCUUGUCACAAUUACUUAUACUAUCAAUGGGUUUUUAAAAAUGCUCAUACUUUUACUGUUCGACUGUGCAUGUCCCUGUGUUUACAUGCUCAAAUUUAAGUAUUAUCAAAUUCACUAUAAUACAGACACUUUUCUCCUUUUUUUUUAUUUUUGAGAUUUGCUGGCAAUAGAGCAUUUUUAAUUAUUUUUUUUUUAAAUGUUAGGACCCUUAGUAUCAUUUUGAUAAAAUUUUCCUCAUGUACCUGUUCCUCCAUAGUGUACAGCAAAUUUCUUUUAGCACAAUAAUUCUCCUCAGAGUAAAUUUUAUGUGAGUUGGGUAUACCAUAGCUUCAAGCCAAAAUGCUAUAUUUUAGUUUCUUGCUCCUCUGGCAUCAUUAAGUAUAAUGUUCGCCUCAUGUACUCGUAAUAUAUUUUUGUUAAGACAUUUUAUCUCAUUUUCCUUUGCAUGUGUAAAACACUGAGUUAUCUGCACAUGUUGCUGUGUUCCUAUUCAAGGCUCACAUCUGUUCGUACUUGUUAUUGUGUACAUAUGAUUUUAAGGAAGAGGGCGCAUGAGUGUGCACAUUUGCGUGCUUUUGACGCUGUUGAUCCUAGUCUCUGGAGUGGUAGAUGUAGCAGGAGCAAGAGCUGGAGGGGCUUUUCUUUGCAUAGGAAAUUUUAUAGUAUGGUAUAUUCUUAUGCUAUACUUUUAGUUAGCUGCUGUUCUGCCAAUGCAGAUAGCCUGUUACUCAAUUGUUACUCAUUGUUGUUAGAGGAGAAAGCCAGAGUGUUUUCCAACACUACCUCAUGUCGUCAUCUCAUAUCCUUAAAAUUCAUGAAAUCAUUGUUGUCAGAAGAUGUGUGUGUUCUAAAAAUGUUCUAAGUGGUUUUACCUGGUUCCAGAAAGUGCCCUAAAUGAUCCUGGGAACUUAUUCAAAUGUUAUUGGAAACUAAGCAUUAGGCUUUUCAUUUUCUGACUUGUUUGAUUAAUGAUUAUCAAUACUAAUGGGCACUGUGUAAGAAGUGAGUGUCCCCUGGAGGUCAUUCAAUGCUGGUCCAUUUUUAUUUCUCACCUUGGUAUUUUGAUCUAAUACAAUAUUUGCUUUGAUUCUUUUGAUGCAUACUGGCAUAGAAAUUCUACAUUUGCAAUGAUGGUUGUUCUACUUCAUUGUAAUUGAGAAUCCUCUUAUUUUGAAUAACUGUGUCUAUGUGUGUGUGCGCGUGUGUGUAUGCGCGUGUGUGUGGAUGUAGGUAUGUAGGUAGGUAGGUAGCUAGGUAGGUAGGUUUACACUAAUUUUUGAGAGGGUCAAUCUAAACAUUUUAGAACAAAAUCCAAUUUUGUUGGACUGCUGUUGCAUUUUCAAGUGAUAUUUUAUUAACAACCAUUGUUGAUGUUAUUACAUGUUUCAACUUGAAAUACUUCUAUCGUUGAAUGAUAAUAUGCUAUUUUAAACAUAGUAUCCUUACGUAACUUAUGUAAUCUUGCACCUGACCAUAACACUGAGCUUGCUGCCUUUUUUAGUGCCCUUUGUAAGGUUCAUGUGGGAGUUAAGACAACAUAGGGCAGUUAAAGUUCAAAGUGCUAGGCUCUAUGCUGUCCUCUAGUGUCAGAUAUUUGUUAGAUUCAGAGGGAACAAAACUGUAUGAUACUUAAGAAUGUGCUUAUUUAGGUUUAGCAAUGCCAAGAGAUCAGUAGGUAACAAAUUUUGUCAUUCUAAAUAGGGAGUGUGCUUACUCAUUUAUGCUAGUUCUAUGUUCCUUCACAGUGUCUGUGGUUUGAUAUAUCCUAUCUUAACUUGAAUUCGAGUGGGAUACCCUUCUGUAUUCAAUGACAAGUAAGGGUGCAAUGCCCAACCAAUUAAAGAUAUUAGAAAAGCUAUAUUCAAGAAUGUACUCUGGUGACUAAAUGAAAGAUCUGCAGCACAAGUUUUUCUUAGUGCUUAUAAAUUUUAUCACUGUCUUGCCAACUGGAAUUUGGUUAAGUGUUUCAGAAAAACAAGUUUUCUUUAAUUUUAGUGUGUUUUAAUUUCUGAAAAAUGUUUGUUUCAUGUGAAUUAAUGUAUUACCACCUAGUUGCAUUUAUGGGAACUGCAUUAACAAAAAUUCUCAGCAGUGCUUCCUAGACAGAUGAGAAUGUUUCUGUAGUGGUUUUCUUGAAUCUCACCCACCGUUCUAACUGUGAAAAGGUACUGCAGUAUUGUACCUUCUACCUCUGUUGAAUAGUUGAGAUGGUACUUUUUUUUUAGCCUUCAAAUCUCUUUGUGCCUUUAUCUUGACUUAAGUUUGUAUUGUGUGAAGGCAUUUGCCUUUUAAAAAUAUUUUGUAAGACCUUGAAACACUGUAAAAGUGGUUAUUUCUUCAAAAUUGUUAAAUUGCAGUAUUUAUGAAACAAGCUGUUAACCAGCCUCAAGCAAUUGCUGCACACAGUGCAAGCUUUCAUAUUUUGUUGUCAUGAUAAAUGACUGGCUCUGCUUAAUUUUUAUGGCUUAGAUAUGAGCUUACAUUCAUACUUAAUUUAUAUUGUUAUGUUUAUUUUGAAUGCUUUCCCUUUGACAGUAUUUUGUAUUUCAUCUACCCCCAGUUGAAACCAUGUAUUAAGUCUCUGCUUCUUAUGAGAAGUACAAUGGUUUGUAUUGUGUGUCCUUAUCAUUUAUUUACUCAAAUCAUGUAUCCUCUUUUUUUUGGUAACAGCUCUGCCUUAAAUGUGUUGCUCACAGAACAUUUUUUUCUCACCUAACCAUAGUUGUUGAUUUUGGAUUUCUUUUAAUAAAUGUACUUUUUACCUUUGUUUCUUAUUAUGUUAUCUCCAAACAGUUGUAAUUUUUGUUUAACUUCAUUUUCUGUGGUAUAUCUAAUUCUAAUUGAAUCAUUGUCUUAAAUUUCAAGUUGGAAGGCAAGGAAAGUAACAGCUGUGAGAAAAAUAAAAUAAAAAAACUAAGUUUUACAGCCAGAAUGGUGCUGUUAUUGAAAUCUUCAAAGGUAUGUGAUGUAACGCAACUGUGAUCACCUGAGAUGAGAACCCUUUUGUUGUCAUGUCAGAACUGUAUCAGUAGGAACUUGUAUUCACUUUUUUUGUUCAAUUUAUGGUGGAUGAUACUUUAUUGAUGAGUGUUAAGAACUCCAUUGCAUGGAUUGAUUAGGUAAUGAGCCUUAUACAAACUGGUUGUUCACAGUUCUGGGAGGAAAAGAAAAACUACUUGUUGCCUCAUUUAGACAAAUGUUACUUGGUAUGUUAAUCACCCCUUGCAGUCAGUCAUUAUGUAACUUAUUUUAGAAAUAGCAUGGAGUGCUUUGGUAGUUGGUGCUGCUAAUUGCUGUAUCCUGGUUGAACUGAUUUUCUAAAUGCCAGACCUAAUCUUUACUUUGUAUAUUUUGUGUGAGUGCUUUGGUGCAUUUUCUAAACUAUGUGCAUCUUACUUGCCUUUGUAAUGUAUGUACAUCAUCAGCUUGUUGAGAGUGUAUGUUCUGACCUUGUAACAAAGCCAAGCGCUGUAAUAUAAAGUGCUUAUUCUCAAUAUAUGUAUUUUAGCGGUUUAGUCUGAAGUGCUGGCAAACCUCAGAUUACCUAGGUAAUGUUUUGUGUGCAACAUUACAUAGGAAAAAUGUUGAGUGAAACAAUAGUAAUUGAACAUUUUCGAAAAUGGAACUGCCACACUUAACAUUACGUGGGUAAUCUUAGUUUUGCCUGCACUUCGGACUUGACUGCUAACAUAUAUCUACCGCUAUAUAUAUAUUUAUAUAUCAUUUGUAGUAACAAGUCAUUUUUGAUAUCUUUUGUACAAAAUGUAAAGCUUAACAUUGCUAUUUACCAUGGCUAAUGUAUUAUGUCUGUUAUUUCUUCAGUUGUGUUUUUUUUUUCUUUUUUUAAAAUCUUUUUGUUUACCAAACAUGUCUACCUAAAGCAGUCUGGUCACCAUAAUUUUGUGUGUCAUUACUACCAUGUUAAUUUUUUAUUUAGUUGCAGAAAAGAAUCUCUCUCCUCAGGAAUGGUUCUAUUAUUCUUUUUAAGUGGCACUUGCUACAGCCUAACAAAAGUGAGUGUAUGUAAAGUAGAUCUGCUUUGUUCAUUCAGGUUUAACAGUUGCAGCCUCUUGUACUGGCUGCAAUCUGAAUUGCUCAAUUCACCCAAUAGUUCAGUCUUCCAAGGCGGUACGAAUCAGCAAUCUUUAAUCUACGUCUUGUACAGUAUUAUUUUUUGAGUCUGUCUACGCUUUUACUUAUGUUCAGACGGUUUUAUGUUGAUGCAAUAGUCAUGUUUACAGUAUGCCUUCAAUAAAAGCUCUUUUGUCCAAUGUGAAA